AUGAAGACUCUUUGCUUCAGUCUGGGACUCCUGCUGCUUGCCAUCUGCUGCUGCGAUGCCAUGCCUGAAGGUUUGAGCAGCACAGCACCUGGAAAGUGCUGCUUUAAAUUUUCUGAGAGGCGAGUUCCACCACUGUUUGUGUUGAAUGUUACCAAGACCCACAGCUCCUGUGAGCACAAGGCUUUCAUUCUGGAGACCACCAGAGGAAGACAGAUCUGCUACAGACAGAGUUUUGAGUGGGCUCAAAAUGUCUACAAUCAGCUCUAUAACACUGAAGGCAGCAGUCAGUAGCCCUGAAGAUGACAC